AUGUUGGCCCCUAGCGUCGUAGCCGUUAGUGGUCUUCUUUUGACUUUGGUUGCUGCAGCACCCAUCUCAGGUGUCGUAGGUCUUGAAAAUCCACAGCCUCUCGCAGAGAGAGCAGUAUUGAAGUUUUCGAAAACCCCAAAGAAAAAAUCGAAAGAACCAGAUAAUGAUGAUUACGGAAAUUCUUGGGGCGCAGGAGGCUACCCUCGACCCCUUCCACCACCACCAAGCGCUCCUCCCGGACCCCUUCCAAACGACAGGUCCUUCCGAGGCCUUAAGCAGCGAUCAGUUGAGCCUCUCGCAGAGAGAACAGUAUUGAAAUUUUCGAAAACCCCAAAGAAAAAAUCGAAAGAACCAGAUAAUGAUGAUUACGGAAAUUCUUGGGGCGCAGGAGGCUACCCAGGACCCCUUCCAAACGACAGGUCCUUCCGAGGCCUUAAGCAGCGAUCAGUUGAGCCUCUCGCAGAGAGAACAGUAUUGAAGUUUUCGAAAACCCCAAAGAAAAAAUCGAAAGAACCAGAUAAUGAUGAUUACGGAAAUUCUUGGGGCGCAGGAGGCUACCCUCGACCCCUUCCACCACCACCAAGUGCUCCUCCCGGACCCCUUCCAAACGACAGAUCCUUCCGUGGCCUCAAGCGCUCAGUUGAGACUUCCCCUAAGGACGCUGGCGACGUAGAACCCCUUGAGAAGAGAAACGGUCUCUUGCACGGCGUCCUUGCAGCAGGGCUCAAUAAACUCGGUAGGCUCCCGCCUCCACGGCGUCCGCGCUUACCCUCCUGGAUGAAGAAGCUAAACCCCAAGAAAAAGACUAGUGCAAAGGCCAAGAGAGACACCCUCUUCCCGGAAUCCCUUGAAAAACGCCAAAACAUUUUUGCAAAUCUCAGGAAUGCUUACAAGAACUGGCGAGCAAGAAAGCAGUCACCUCCCGGAACCGCCCAACCUCCACGAUGGGUCGACUUCGCCGGCGGUGACCGUGUCCGUCGUCCAGGAGGAUUCUAG